CAAAUCAAGGCAACAAACGACGACACAACAGCUGGCCAACAAGAGAUGGAACGAAAAGAUGUAGACUUGCCGGCAGACGCACCCAAGGCGUUUCUGCGACAGCAGCACAUUGAUUACAUCGAGCAGUGGAACAAACGCAAGGGCGAGUUUGAGUAUGUCAUGUCAGAGUACCUGCGAAUGAGCGGCCUGUACUGGUGUGUGACAGCGCUUGAGUUACUGGACUCCCGCGACAAACUCGACACGGCCGCGGUGCUGAAGUUCAUCGAUGAGUGCUUUGACGAUGCGUCUGGUGGGUUCUCCGCCAGCCAGGGCCACGACCCGCAUCUGCUGUACACGCUGAGUGCCGUCCAGAUCCUGUGUAUCUACGACGCCAUGCAACAGAAGUACGUGGAUGGGGCGUGCAAGUUCAUCGCAGCGCUGCAGCGGGAGGACGGGUCGUUUCAGGGAGAUGAGUGGGGCGAGGUUGACACGCGCUUCUCCUUCUGCGCACUGGCUGCCCUCAGUUUGUUGGGCAAGCUCGAUGCCAUCAACGUUGACGCUGCGGUGCAGCACGUGCUUCGCUGCCUCAACUUCGACGGCGGCUUUGGCGUCGGCACAGAGUCUGAAUCACACGCGGGCCAAAUCUAUUGCUGCGUGGGCGUGCUGACCAUUGCAAACCGCCUGUACAGCAUUGAUCAGACCAAGCUGGGGCUGUGGCUCAGCCAGCGGCAGCUGGAACGGUCGGGCGGGUUCAACGGGCGCCCAGAGAAGCUGCCGGAUGUGUGCUAUUCGUGGUGGGUGCUCUCGAGCAUACAGAUGCUGCAGUGCCAGGACUGGAUUGAUGCAGAUCGCCUCAAGGCAUUUAUCCUGGCUUGUCAAGACGACGAAUCAGGCGGGUUUGCUGAUCGGCCUGGGGACAUGGUGGACCCGUUCCACACACUCUUUGGCAUCGCUGCUCUAUCCAUGCUGGGAGAAAGUGACAUUGAUCGUGUCAACUGUGUAUACUGCAUGCCACACCGCGUGAUCCAGCGCCUAGGACUGGCAUAAUAUGUGUGUGUGUGUGUGUGUGUGUGUGUGUGUGUGUGUGUGUGUGUGUGUGUCUGUGUGUCUGUGUGUUCUUGCUUCCGUCUCCUCUCCCCCCCCCCCCCUCUGUGCCAAGUGAAAUGAAACC